AUGGGCCUGAACUUCGGCAUGCACAGCGUCACCCUCAUCCAAGUGCCGGACGAGCCCGACGGCUUCCUCAGAGCCGACCAGCUCAACUGGUCGAUCGCCGCCACCUCGCUGGGCGCCGUGCUAGGCGGCCUGCUGAGCGCACCGAUGAUUGUGACGCCCACGCGCCGUGCUCUCUUCACAACCCUGUUAAACUUCAUGGUGUACCUGGGCCAGGUGCUGGCGCUGGCCGUGGCGCCGCUGCUGCACUGGCAGGUGCUGUUCAUCGUGGUAGGUGUGGUGCCGGCCACACUUUGUCUCUUCGGUCUCCUCUUCCUGCCCAACUCGGCCAAGUGGCUGCUCUCGCGCGGCCACUCGGAGGAGGAAGCCGUGCGCUCUAUCCAGUUUUUCCGUGGUGUGCAGGAAGAUGUUGCCUCCGAGAUACGAAGUAUCCACGACUCGCUGCAGCACGCACAUGUGGACGGCACCACAAUGCCCAUGUGGACGCUGCUGCGUCAGCCGGGCACGUGGCGCCCGCUGCUACUGGCAUCCGUCCAGAUGGUGUUGACUGUAUGGUGCGGCGGCCCCACGCUACUGCUCAUCACCGCCUUCGUGCUUGCACCGGUGCGGCUACCGCUUAGCGAGUACCAGCGAGCCACGCUGCCGGCCGCUCUUGCCGCGCUCGUCUGCGUCCCCGGCGGCAUUACUAUCGAGAGAUACGGACGUCUACCGGUGCUGCGUCUGGGCGGCGCGCUCUCUGCCAUCGGCUGCGCCACGAUCGCCGCGUACUUCUUCCUCGCCGCCGAGUCCCAGGAGCGCCUCGCCUGGAUUGUGCCGGUGGGCGCAGUCCUGACACAGGUGGCCUUCGUUGGCAUGGUGGGCAACGUCGCAUUCAACUACGCCACAGAGCUGCUGCCCAACAACACGCGCACCUGGGGCGCAAACAUUGUGCUUACGACGGUGCAGGUCAAGGGCCGCACCUACAGCAUCACGCGGCUCGGAUUCGGCCUCGAUGUGGCGCCGUUGAUUAUGAAGACCGUUGUUCAGGCGGUGCUGCGUGAGAACGAGGCGAUCAGCCGGGGAGUGCUCGCCUAUGUGGACGCCCUGCUCGUUGGCGAAGACGUGGUCAGCGCCGACAAGAACAAAGGCGCAGGGGAGAUGCUGAUCAGACACAGGAUUGGCCUCAUGCGACAGUUGGUCGACGAGUUCCAGCUCUCGGUGACCGUCCAGCUGGUGCAGUCUUAA